UCAGGGCAGUUCACAGAAGAUAUGAUUCCUACAGUAGGCUUCAAUAUGAGAAAAAUAACAAAAGGAAAUGUUACCAUAAAGGUAUGGGACAUUGGGGGACAGCCAAGGUUUCGAAGCAUGUGGGAGCGCUAUUGCAGAGGAGUCAAUGCAGUUGUUUACAUGGUGGAUGCAGCAGAUUUAGAAAAAGUAGAAGCUUCGAAAAAUGAACUACACAGCUUAAUAGACAAGCCACAGUUGCAUGGAAUUCCAGUGUUAGUCCUUGGAAAUAAAAGAGACCUUCCUGGUGCACUGGAUGAAAAACAGCUAAUUGAGAAAUUAAACCUUUCAGCUAUUCAAGACCGAGAAAUCUGCUGCUAUUCUAUUUCCUGUAAAGAAAAGGAUAACAUAGACAUAACAUUACAGUGGCUUAUUCAGCACUCCAAAUCAAGGCAUUGUUGAAGAAAACUUUUGUGGAAGAUAACUUUUCCUUCCAAAUCACACUGGUCCUCAUCUGAUAUACACUACUGAAAAGAUAAGAAAUGAAACUAAAUACUACCAGGACUCACUUUCACUAGAUUUGUUAACAAAUGGAAAAUUUCGGUCAAUUAUGGCCUUUAGAAAACAAACAUACAUACAUCCAGAAUGUCUGUCUGUCUGUCCUAAAAACCUUAAUAUAAAACUGAAAAAAAUCAAUACUUUUUCUGAGCUGGAAUGUUUUGAGUUUAUGCAUGUGAAUUGUCAACUGUUUAGUAAUUUUUUUAAAUAUGAAGCUGAACGAAUAAACUGCACAAUAGAACCUGGUGUCUCUUAUUGUAAGGCGUAUUGCAGUGAUGAUGUAUAAUCAUAUGCGCACAGUAUUUAUGGUUAUGUUGCUAUUAAUUUUUAUUUUCAAUUGCCAACACUGAGUUACUUAUUCUUGAAUAUUCAGAUCUUUCUUUUUUUUUUUAAAAAAAAGAAUGCAUCAGUCAAAAUGUUGUUUAAAUGGCCAGAUGUGGGAAAGAGUGGUUUAAGAAUUUGAACAUUUAUAAUCUGGUACCAUAGUCUCAUCACAAGUAUAAAUGACUCAUAUUCAUUUGUCUUUUAUUAAAAAAAAAAAAAAAAAAAAAUCACUUUCUCCACGUUGUGGCAAAUCCCACUCCACACCCUAGUAGCAGACAUUGAGAGUGUGACUGCAGUGAAAGUGAUGUCGUCCCACCUCAUGGGUGGAACAGAAUGCCAGGGCUUCAUGCAGGGAGGUAGAUGUAUUAAAUCCCUACAACAGCUGCCCCUCAGCACCCGCAUGUAGAGGAGUAGGCUAGAGCGCAUGAAUCUGACUGCACAGAUUGACUAGCCAUUCUACCCUCAACACCCUGGGAUCUAUUGGCCAUUUCCUUCCUGAGGUUGAAGUAGCACUCCAAGUGGUUCCAGUGCUGCUGUGUGGCCUAAAAGUGGAAUAUUCUUUCCCUCCCUGGCCCCUGCAGAACUCCCCAGCACACAGCCUCGUUACUUGUGCUCUGACCUGGAAUUAGGAUUUGCUCCAUUGCCAACAGGGUAAAGAAGCUGUUAAUUCUUUUUAUAUUACUGUAUGUUCCUUAUUAUUCUUCAAUCCCAUACAUUAGUUACAUCCCUCUGCCCUGAAAUGCAUUCUUAUGGAACCUGUUCCCUAUAUACACACAUCAGUAUGAUUCUAUUAAUGGAACUUUAAGGCGUAAAUAGUGAGUAGACCUUCAGAGGUAACCAAGAAAGCUGACCAAGGGCUAAAUCUUUCCUUUAGAUGUUUGCAGGUGCAGCAGGGAGAAAAGCUAUUGGGUUUAUUGGUCUAAAGAUGGCAUGUGGACAGAUGGCUACAGCAGUCAACAUAAAGUUGUUAUAUGUUUAAGUACUACUUAAACAUUAUAUGUAUAAACGAUACAAAUGAUAAUAAUUUUAAUGCAGCUUCAGUUUGAAGAUGCUUUUUGGAUGUAGCUUUAGUGAGUCACUCCCAGUGCCAUGGUAAACAAAGCUGAUGGAAUCUUAUUUUAGUGUCAUACCAGUGCCACUGCAAUCAAGAUUGGCACUUCUGUCAAACCUCCUAUUUUCAGGGGCAUAUAGCUUGUUUGUAAAUGUUUGCAGCAUGCUGGUAUUUGCAUGCAAAGUCACAGCCUGGAAACCAUUUUGUCUAGCAGUUAAAAAUAAUGUGGCCACCUUACAACUUUGAAUAGGAAAAACAAAAUAAUAAAUGCAAGUGUCUUGGUCUGGGGUAUUUUUGUUUUCUUAUAAACAACCUUGAUUCCAAACUUGAACAAGUAACCAUAGUCUAGUAGUCUAAUUGCCUGUGGUAUUUUGAAAACGAGCACUAAUGGCCAAAUUAAUAAAUCUUGAACAGUGAUUACCAGC